AUGGAGUCCCAAAUCCUCUCAUUCCUAGUGAUUUUCACAUUGCUGCUCUUUCUGUUCAUGCUACUCAAAACCAUGAUCACUUCAUCUCCAAAAUUGCCUCCUGGGCCAUGGAAGCUGCCUUUAAUAGGAAACAUUCACCAAUUUGUUGGAUCUCUACCCCAUCGCAGUCUAAGAGAUUUGGCCAUGAAAUAUGGAACUCUGAUGCACCUCCGACUUGGACAACUUUCUUUUGUUGUCAUUACUUCAGCAAAAUAUGCCAAAGAAAUGAUGAAAACACAUGACAUUGUCUCUGCUAGUAGGCCUUGUAGUCUUGCUACAGAUAUCAUAUCUAAGAAUGACAUUGCCUUCGCACCUUAUGGGGAUCACCGGAGACAACUUCGAAAACUUUGCAUACUGGAGCUUCUAAGUGCCAAACGUGUCCAGUCAUUCCGACCCAUCAGGGAAGAAGCCAUCUCGAAUUUGAUCUAA